CACCGCAAAAAACAAAAAACAAACAAACAAAAAAAAAACAAAAAAAAGAAUUAAGCGUUUCUUGCUUUUGACUUUUCUUCUUGUGUGGGUCUUGAGGACAGAGCCAGCCCAGAGCAGUGUUGCUGCAUGUUGCAUGUGAUGAAGAACUGAAGGCAGCCUCCUCUUACAGGCCGGCUUCUGAGAUUGCACCUUCUUCUCCUGCUCCUCUUCCAACUCUAUGACCCUUCAAGGCCUAGCUGACCUGCUUAGGAACCAAGAUGAUGCAGCCAGUCACACAGCUCCAGUUCACAAACCAGUUGUCACCUAGUGGGCAGUGCCUCCCCCCGCCCCCGCCCAUCUAUUGUCUCCAAGACAAAGUGGGGAAACCGUUUCCACAGCAGCAUGAGGCCCACAAACCCAAGGAGCAGCUUCUGCAACAGUCAGCUCAGAACAAGAUAGAGGCUCGCCGCAUCCCGCGCCUCCGGGCUGUGGUCGAGAGCCAGGCCUUCAAGAACAUCCUGGUGGACGAGAUGGACAUGAUGCUAUCUCGGGCAGCCACCCUCAUCCAAGCCAACUGGAGGGGCUACCGGCUCCGGCAGAAGCUCAUUUCGCAGAUGAUGGCAGCCAAGGCCAUCCAGGAGGCGUGGCGGCGGUUCAACACCAGGCGCCUCCUCCGCUCCAGCAAGGCCAUGGUGAAGAGAGUGAGCAAGGAGGAGGGAGACAUCCCGUACCACCCCCCACAGCAGGUGCGCUUCCAGCCACCGGAAGAGAAGCCCUUUCCGGCGCAGCCUGUCAUGAUGAGCAAGGAGACCCAGUUCCCUUCCUCCGACAGUCUGGCCCCCUGCAGCCGUCACCUGACUCUGUUGCAGCACCCAGCAGCCCAGGGCAUUCCCCAGCCUGGAAUGCAGGCUCCUCACUCCCCCGGGGCCCACGGGGUGGCCUUCCUGCCACACCAGGCGAUUGCCAUCAGACUUCCAAGUCCAAGUCCGGUGAGUCUAGACUCAAAAAGCCCGCCAUGCCUGCUGACGAAGACCAUCAGGAGUGCCUGCCUCGUCAGGCACAUAGAGGGGGAGACAGUGAAGACCAAGAACGUACCUGCCAGGGUUACCAAAGCAGGGGCCCCGGAGCCACCCCCAUCUGGAAGGUACGGCCAGGCAGUUUCUGGAUCAUUCAAGACCCAGACCCAGGCUCACAUGGAAGCAGAGAUCCACAAAACCCCACCCCAGGCCUUCCCAGUGUCCACCCUGACCAAGACCCCACCCAAGACGUAUCCAACGGUUUCCAUAGCCAGAACCCAGGCCCAGGUGUGCCCAGUGUCCACAGUGACCAAAACUCUACCUCAGACAUGUCCAGGACCCAUGAUGACAGUCAUGAAGACCCUACCCCAGCCAUGUCCGUCGCCCACCGUGACCAAGACCCCAGCUCCGAUGCGACCGACACCUUCGCUGACCAACGCUCCAUUGCAGUCACGUAUAGCAGCCACCAUGGCCAAGAUCCCACCCCAGGUGUGCCUGUUGGCUUCGGUGAUGAGGCCCCCGCCCCAAGGACGCCCCGUGGUCACCCCAGCCAGGCCUCCGCCACAGACGUGCCCGGUGUCUGCAGUGACGAAGCCCCCACCCCAGAUGCGCCUGGUGACUGCCCCAGCCAAAACCCAGAUGCAAACUUGUCAGGCAGCCACGGUGCCCAAGACUCCAUCCCAGAUAUGCACCGGUGUCUCCAUGAUAAAGCCUCCGCCCCAGACGCGUCUGGCCGCCAUGAUAACCAAGACCCCAGCCCAGAUCCGCUCCGUGGCAGCUGUGCUCAGGACCCUGUGCCUGGUUCCUCCAGCAGUUGGCAAUCUCAGAGGUCCACCCCCAACAGCUGGAGCAGCUGGAAUCACCAACACCUCCUCCACCAUGCACCUGAACGCACCAAAGGCCAAGGUCAUGGUGAACAUGAAGCAGACGGCUGGCGUCGUCAGAGGCUCGUCCCACUCAUACUUGGCAGAGGGGAAGGUCAGAUGUGUCCCCCAGUCACAUCUUGAAGCUGGGGCUCCCAGGCCAAUGGCCAAGGGUCCUUUGGAACCUGAGAAAGUCAAGACCAGCCUCCAAAAACAGGUAAAAAGAGAAACGGCAUCAAAGACCAACGUGGUGACGGACAUGGCCAGGCCUUCGUCGUGGACAAAAGUCACUGAGGACAGGAACAGGCCCCCAUCACAGGCACACCAGAGGAUAGAGAUCAUCAAGGUGCAGUCCCAGGUAUACGUGCCGGUAGAAACGGUUGCCACCAUGCCCCGGGCUCAGCUGGCCGCCCCUCUGACCAAGACCUUGUGCCAGACUCAUCCCGCCGCCAGGCAGGCCAAGGCCCCGGCCCAGGAGCAGCUGGCCACACCCCUGACAAAGGCCUUGUCCCAGGUACAUCCGGCCCUGGAGCAGACCAAGGCCCUGUCCCAACAGGCACAUCUGGCCACAUGUCCACCAACAGCCAUGCCCCAGUCGCAGCUGGCCACCCGCCUGUCAAAGACCACAUCCCAGGUCCACCUGUCUGCUGAGCAGACCAAGGUCCUGGCUCAAGGACCUCUGUCUACACAUCUGGCCAGAGUCCUGCCCCCGCCCCAGCUGACCGCACAUCUGAUGACGACAUCCCCGGGACACUCACCCGCCAAGCAGACCAAGGCUCUGUCCCAGGCACAUCUGGCCACAGGUUCAGCCAAGACCCCAGCCCAGGUGUAUCCACCCAAGCUGACCAAGACCCCAUCCCUGGCUCAUCUCGUCACAUGUCUGACCAAGACGCAGUCCCAGGUGCAUCUGACCACAGGGGCCAUGAAGAUCCAGUCCCAAGCGCAGCUGCCCAUCGGACUGACCAAGACACAGUCCCAGGCCCAGCUGGUCACAGAAACAUCCAAGUCCUUCUAUGCAGCACACCAGCCUACUGACCUCAACAGCAAGACGCAGUCCCAGCCCCUCCUGACUGGGUCCAGGGUGUCUGCCCCGUCCUGCCACCUGGGUGCGUUCAGCUCCCUGACCCGAGCCAAGCCAGAUGACAGACCCGCCCAGCUCCAGCCCCAGGGCCACACGCAGGGCAAGACCAUCCAGGGCCCACGCCCGGUGGCCUCGGAGGCCCAGGGCAUGCUGGUACCUCUGCUGGCCUCUGCUGGACACCCCACGUGCAACAUUGAAUCCUGGGGCGACAGCGGGACCCCGCGGGCCCAGCCGCCAAUGGCCAGCCAGGCAGGGUCCUGCCAGGAGGCUGCGGCGGCCUCCCAGAUCGCCUCCCUCUGUGCGGAGCUGGCUGCUGUGCUGGGCUCCCAGGAGGACAUCCGCGCCCUGCUGGCCAAAGCCCUCUCCCAGGGGGAAGUACGGGCAGCUCUGAACCACGCUCUGUCCAAGGAAGUCCUGGGCACCUCCAUGACCAAGGCGCUGCCUCAGGGCAUGCUGGGCAUGGCCCUGGUGAAGGCGCUGUCCUGGGGUGAACUGGGCAUCACCCUGUCGCGUGCCCUGUCUCGGGGCGAACUGCGCUCAGAGCUCAGCAAGGUCAUGCAGGGCAAGCUGGCUCAGCAGGUGCUCAGCAAGGCCCUGACCGACGAGGAGCGGGCCGCCCUCAGCCAAGCCCUGUGUCAGGGGGAGCUGGGCGCCGUCCUCAGCCAGUCUCUGUCCCAGGCAGCCUUGAGGACCGCAGCCAUCCUGCCCAAGGCCACCUCGAAAACAGUGGGGAGUGGGAUGACUCUGCUGCCCACCCCGCUGGAGGCGGACUGCCGGGGGACCCCGUCGGCCGCGUGGGCAUCCUCCGUGGGCCCCGUGAGACUACAGUCCAGCAAGGUCAGGGUUUCCCAGGUCGGAGCCUGGGAGGACUUCACCAUGGGCCAGUCCGCCGGGCUCUUGGAGGAGAUGGGGGAUGGGGCCACGUUGGAGGGGUCACCCUGCUUGUCACUGUUCCCUGUGGGUGUGUCCUUAGCCCGUAGGAUGGUCCCCAGCCUCUACCAGUAUCCCCUGGUCAUGGGCCUGGACCUCAUACAGCCCUGGGACAGGGGGCCCAGGAGGGUCUCGCACCUGGGCCCCAGGAUCAGAAUGGGAAACAGGUGCCUGACCCCAGGACCUGGCCCAUCGGCACCAGACGCCAGCCGGGCAGCGGGCGUGGAGGGCCCCCCGCUGCCCACACCGUCCCGCUUUCAGUCACCCCCCCACCUCUGGCAGUCGUUGGUCACCAAUGGCAUAGGCCCCAGCACCAGCCAGCAAUCAGUGACUUGUGACAAUGCCCCGAGCCCCCACAAGUCACACGUGGUCAGCAGGGUGGCCUCUCAUUCGUGGACGUCGUCAGGGGAGGGCAGAGGGGCCUUGGGUGGUCUUCCGGGCAGUGUGGGUGGUAGAAGGGCCGUCCAGUCCCAACCGGUUUUCCCUGUCUGCCGGGAUGCUGCUUGCUGGUGUCAGUUCUCAGGGGUUAGCAAGGUGUCCCCUAAACAUUCUCACCGCUCAGUGACCAGGGGUCCAAACAAGCCAUCCAAGGCCACUGAGGAGAAUCUAAGGAGGACUCAGCCUCCAGACCACAAGCAGGCCUUCCAGUGUCCCAGGCAGAUGCACACUAACAUGACCUCCAGUUCCCUGAGGACCACUGUGGUGAGCAAGAUGCAGGCUACCAAGUGCCCGGCAGGGGGCGCUCUGUUCCACGCUCCCCCAGCCACGAGGCAGGGACGAGUCCUUCCCCGGGCACCCGCCCCUAGACAGAAGGGAACUCUAACACGGAAUCCUCCCCGUCCCCGGGAGCAUGUGCCCAGUCACCAAAUGUCCCUUCUCAAUGAGUUGGUGUCUAGUUUGCCACAGCAUCCAGACAAUGUCCUGGCUAAAAACUUCUCCCCGGGCUUCAUGGUGUCUGGACCAAAUGACAGCGAGUCCCAAAGCUCUCUGCAGAGCUGCAGCUCGCCCAGCUUCUCCACCAUGUCUGUGGCCAGCCUGACCACUGUAGAACUUGUGGACAAGGUCCAGGAGGGCAUCUUGGAUCAGGACCCCCAGCCAGAUUCCCUCCCCUCUCAGGAGGACAGAGGGAGAUCCCAGAGACUCAUGGGUGCAGAAAAAUUAGAAAGAGCGAGCCCCGGGCAGGCGAUGACAAACCUCUGCUGGCGCCCCUCGACUGCCCCGGAGCUCACGCCAGCUCUGUGCCGCGGCCCAGUGUCCAGUCACUUGACCUUGAAUGUCCACUGGGACUCAGAGGAUGAGAAGAAUAGGCUCUCCUCGUGCCAGAGCUCCAUGGAUCUGGUGGAGAGAGUGUCUCAGGAGACUAUCAGACCAGGGCUGCGGAGGAGUCAGUCUUUGGGCUCUGUGGUCCCUCCUGGACACCAGCAGCCAUCUUUGUCCACCAAGCUGGCUCUUACCCAGUCUCCGUCUGCGCUGGCCUCUAGGAUAGCCCCCAAACUGGCCAAGUUAAUCCUCAGUCAGCCAUUAGCGGGCCACAGGUUGACUCGAAGCCUAUCCCAGCCUACAGUAUCCAUUAGGGUGCCCCCAAGCAGAGCCCAGCCAUCGGCCACCACUAGAUUAGCCCCGAGCCCACCCCAGUCAAGAGGGGGUGGCAGGGUGCUCUUAGUAAUACCUGACAGGCCUGCGGCCAGUGAGGUGGCCUCUGGAAGAGGAUGCGCAUCCGUGACAGGUGGGGAGACCCCCAGUCCAGCCCCGCCAUCUGUGGCCAGUGAGGUAGCCCCAAGGUCACGCCAUUCAUCUGCGGCCAGUAGGGUCUCCACAAGCCUGGCCCCUAUAGCUAUGACCAAUGAGGUGGGUGUGACCCAGAGUCACCCGUCUGAGGUCAGUGGGGUGACCCCGAGCCCAGCACAGCCGCCUUUGACUAGUGGGGUGUCUCCACACUUGGCCCAGCCUUCUGUGGCCAUUGGAGUGUCCCUGAACUUUGCCCAGUCAUCUGUGGACAGCGGGGUGUCCCCCAGGCUAGCCCAGCCAGGCGUGGCCACAGGGAUGUGCCCUAGCCUAGUCCAGUCAUCUAUGAUCAGUGGGGUAUCCCCAAACCUAGCUCAGCCACCAACGGGCACUGAAACGUUCCCCAGUCUAGCACAGUCAUCCAGGGCCAGUGAAGUGUCCCCAAACUUUGUCCAGCCUUCUGUGGACAAUGGGUUGUCCCCAAACCCAACUCAGCCACCUAUGACCAGUGGGGUGUCCCCAAACAUUACCCAGCCAUCUACGAACAGUGGGGUAUCCCCUGGCCUAGCCCAGACGUCUGUGGGCACUGGGGUAUCCACCAGCCUAGCUUACCCAUCUCUGACCAAUGGGACAUCCCCAAACUUCGCCCAACCAUCUGUGACUAUUGGGGUGUCCCCAAGCCUGCCCCAUGCAUCUAUGGCCAGUAGGGUGACCCCAAGCCUAGCCCAGCCUUCUAUGACCAUUGGGAUGUCACCACGUCUUGCCCAGCCUUCUGUGGCCUGUGGGAUGUCCCCAAGUCUUGGCCAGCCUUCUGUGGUCAGUGGGAGGUCCCCAGGUCUUGGCCAGCCUUCUAUGGCCAGUGGGAUGUCUCCAACCUCUAACCAGCCUUCUAUGGCCAGUGGGGUAUUCCCAAGUCCACCCCACCAAUCUGUGGUCAGUGGGAUGUCCCCAAGUCUUGGCCAGCCUUCUGUGGUCAGUGGGAUGUCUCCAACCUCUACCCAGCCUUCUAUGGCCAGUGGGGUAUUCCCAAGUCCACCCCACCAAUCUAUGGUCAGUGGGAUGUCCCCAGGUCUUGGCCAGCCUCCUGUGGUCAGUGGGAGGUCCCCAGGUCUUGGCCAGCCUUCUAUGGCCAGUGGGAUGUCUCCAACCUCUAACCAGCCUUCUAUGGCCAGUGGGGUAUUCCCAAGUCCACCCCACCAAUCUAUGGUCAGUGGGAUGUCCCCAGGUCUUGGCCAGCCUCCUGUGGUCAGUGGGAGGUCCCCAGGUCUUGGCCAGCCUUCUAUGGCCAGUGGGAUGUCUCAAACCUCUAACCAGCCUUCUAUGGCCAGUGGGGUAUUCCCAAGUCCACCCCACCAAUCUGUGGUCAGUGGGAUGUCCCCAAGUCUUGGCCAGCCUCCUGUGGUCAGUGGGAGGUCCCCAGGUCUUGGCCAGGCUUCUAUGACCAGUGGGAUGUCCCCAACCUCUACCCAGCCUUCUAUGGCCAGUGGGGUAUUCUCAAGUCCACCCCACCAAUCUGUGGUCAGUGGGAUGUCCCCAAGUCUUGGCCAGCCUUCUAUGGUCAGUGGAAUGUCCGCAAGUCUUGGCCAGACUUCUGUGGUCAGUGGGAUGUCCCCAAGUCUUGGCCAGCCUUCUAUGGUCAGUGGAAUGUCCGCAAGUCUUGGCCAGACUUCUGUGGUCAGUGGGAUGUCCCCAAGUCUUGGCCAGCCUUCUAUGGUCAGUGGGAUGUCCCCAAGUCUUGGCCAGCCUUCUAUGGUCAGUGGGAUGUCCCCAAGUCUUGGCCAGCCUUCUAUGGUCAGUGGGAUGUCUGCAAGUCUUAGCCAGACUUCUGUGGUCAGUGGGAUGUCCCCAAGUCUUGGCCAAUCAUCUAUGGUCAGUGGGAUGUCCCCAAGUCUUGGCCAAUCAUCUAUGGUCAGUGGGAUGUCCCCAAGUCUUGGCCAAUCAUCUAUGGUCAGUGGGAUGUCCCCAAGUCUUGGCCAAUCAUCUAUGGUCAGUGGGAUGUCCCCAAGUCUUGGCCAGCCUUCUAUGGUCAGUGGAAUGUCCGCAAGUCUUGGCCAGACUUCUAUGGUCAGUGGGAUGUCCCCAAGUCUUGGCCAGCCAUCUAUGAUCAGUGGGAUGUCCCCAAGUCUUGGCCAGCCUCCUAUGGUCAGUGGGAUGUCCCCAAGUCUUGGCCAGUCUUCUGUGGUCAGUGGGAUGUCCCCAAGUCUUGGCCAGACUUCUAUGGUCAGUGAGAUGCCCCUAAGUAUUGGCCAGUCAUCUAUGGCCAGUGGGAUGUCCCCCACCUCUACCCAGCCUUCUAUGACCAGUGGGAUGUCCUUGAGUCUUGGCCAGCCUUCUAUGGCCAGUGGGAUGUCCCCAACCUCUACCCAGCCUUCUGUGGUCAGUGGGAUGUCCCCAAGUCUUGGCCAGCCUUCUAUGGCCAGUGGGAUGUCCCCAACCUUUACACAGCCUUCUAUGGCCAGUGGGAUGUCCCCAAGUCUUGGCCAGCCUUCUAUGGCCAGUGAGAUGUCCCCAACCUCUACCCAGCCUUCUAUGGUCAGUGGGAUGUCCCCAAGUCUUGGCCAGCCUUCUAUGGCCAGUGGGAGGGCUCCAAGUCUAGCUCAACCUGUGGCCAGCGGGGUGUCCCCAAGACCACCGCAACCAUCUAUGGCCCGUGGAGUCGCUCCAAGAGUGCCCCAACCUCCUGUGGCCAGCGGGGUGUCCCCAGGACCACCCUACCAUCCUACAGCCUAUGGAGCAGCUUCAGGCCUGGCCCAGGCUUUUGUGGACAGUGGGGUGUCCCCAAGUUUUGCCCAACUGUGUAUGGCCAUUGGGAUGUCCCCAAGCUUGGUCCAUCCUUCUAUGGCCAGUGGGGUGUCCCCAAGCCUAGCUCACCCGCUGAUGGCAGGUGGCUUCUCCCCCAUUCUGCCCCAUCCAUCUGUAGCCGGUCAUCCGGCCCCUGGCCCAGCCCAUUUACCUAUGGCCAGUGGGGUGUCCCCAAGCUUUGCCCAACCUUUUAUGGCCAGUGGGGCACCCCCAGGCUUCCUCCAUCCCUCUAUGACCAGUGGGAUGCCCCCGUACCUGGCCCACCCACCCGUGGCCAGCGGGGUCCCCCCAGUCUUAGCUCAACCUUUUAUACCCAAUAGGGUCUCCCCGAGCUUCAACCAGCCCUCCAUGCCUUGGGGAGUACCCCAAAGCCUGGCCCAGCCACCUGUGGCCAGUGGGGUAUCCCCAAGCCUAGCCCAUCCAUCAGUGGCCAGCGGGGGGUAUCCCAUUCUGUCCCACCAGGCCAUGGCCAGUGGGAUGGCCCCCAGUCUUAUCCAAACACCUUCACCCAGUCCAGCUGUCCCCAGACUCGCCCACCCCUUCCUGUCCCCUCUUCUAUCUGAGUCGUCCAUGGCCAGUCUCGGGUCCAUGAGCCUGUCCCAGCCAUCGGUCAUCUAUGGGGUGGGUCGUGGCCUCUGUCAGCCCGCCCCUGGGCCCAGGGUGGACGCGACUCUGCAGGCCUCAAGGGUGAGCACGGGCGCCCCUGGCCUGUGCCAGCAGCCCGUCUUCAUCUCCCUCGGCCAGGGCAAGUCCUUGGCCUGCGCGCCUGGCAGGAUGGGUCUGGGGCCCGUCCAGCCGCCCCUGGAUCCUGAGUUGCACCCUUGUGACGAUUCUGUCAUGGCGGACAGGCUGGUCUCAGACCUCCAGGAUUCCCCGUUCAGCAAGGGGUCCCUCGGUUUCCACCCGCCGUCCGGUGUUUGUGGGAGGCACCCAAAUGCGUUCUCUGUGUCAGCUCCCAAUCUCUACCAGCCUGACAUGACCAAGGAGGUGACCCAGGGACCCAGUGCGUUCCAUCCUACUUGGCUCAAGGGCAUGUCCGCCUGCUCGGCUCAGGGGUCCACGGCUGCUGGGAUGCUCCUCAGUCUGUCUCAGGGGGCUAGCCCUGCCGGCCUGGCUGGGAAUAUAUUCCAGAAGAACAUGGCCCCUACACUGGGCCCCGGGCCAUGCCAGGUGGCUGAUGGCUUGGCCCCCAUGGCGCCCCAGGUCUUGGAGACAGGUGUGUCUCUGAUUCAUGAGGGAACCUCCAUGGCCACAGGGACGAACCCCAGUCCUCCCCACCCGGCAGUGUCCAGCAGACUGGACACAAACCAGUCCACACUUUCCAUGUAUAAUCUGGGCCCCAGACCCCCUCAGUCGACCGUCCCACCUCCAGUGCCUGCAGACCACCAGCUCCCUGCUGUGGCCACAGUUGUCCCCUCCAGUUACCAAUAUACAGGUAUCGUCCCUGAGGAUUCUGUGGUGGGUACAGCCAGUCGUGCCCUUGCAUCAAGUUCUACAGAUGGUCAGCUGGCCACAGCCACGGUCCCAAACGCUGUGGCUAAUUAUGUGGCUUUUAGUCUUUCCCGAGGGUCUGUGAUCAGGGGUAUGGGUCAGAGCCUUUCCCCGGGGCCCAUGGCCACUGGUGUGGCCCAGAGUCGCCCUCUAGACACUAUGGCCAGUGGCGUGGCCCACAGUCUCCCCACAGGUACUGGGGCCGGUCGGGUGGCUCCUAGUCUAGUGGCGUCACCGGGAGCCGAAGGGCAGAGGCUGAGUCUGUCCGUGGGACCCGUGGCCAGUUUCGCUGCCACCAGCCUGCCCCCAGGUUCGGUGGCAAAGGGAGUGAGCCCGAGUGUAGCUCUUGGUUCUGUAAAAACCGGGGGCCAGAGUGUCCCCCAGGGGUCCAUGCUCAUAGGCCUCACUCCCCGGCCGUACCACGGAGCUGGGGAGGGCCCCACGGCCCUGCUCCAGGCCUCCCCUCCCAGCAGCCUGGAGCAAGCCCGUCCUCAGGCCUCAGGAGCCCAGAACACCACCAAGGGGCAGCCCCGAGAGCCCAUCGCUCUGUCCAAAGCCUCACAGUUUAGUCAAGAUCCUGGGAUGGUGACAUUUGGGGCCAUAGAUGACCAAACCAAAUUGAAGGCAAGAGAAUUAUGUGAGACCCUCACCCAGGAAACGGGACCUCAUAGAGAAUCCAACAGAUCCAAGGUCCUUGAGGUGACCCCAUGGACGUACCAAAGCCCCAUGGGAAGCCAUGUCGCCUCUCCCCAGGGGCCCCUGCCUGCAGGGGAGACUCUUCCCAAAGACCAGGUGCCACUGCUGGAGGAGAGGGCUCCCAACCACGCCAGCCACGCCAGCCACGCCAGCCGCGCGGCCCCGGUCCCCUUCCAGGAUCCCACCCUAGGCAAGCACACCAUGGUCAGCAGCAUCACCACGAUUCUACAGUCCGACUCGGCCCCCAGCUCCUACCUGGUCACUUCCAGCAGGGUCCGUAACAUGCAGAUGGGUCCUCCAGUGGACAGGGCCACGCCUCAGCCCCCGGCUCCAGGGGUCUCUGAAGAGCGCUUGGCUCACGUGGGGUCUCCGAACCAGGAGACGCUGGCUUCGGAUGUGAUCUUGAUUUCCUCCCAUCUGGCUCCUGGCUGUCCCGUGACACCCAGUUUGCAUCCAGGGCUGGUGGCCAGGAUGGAGAGCCCACGUCCUCUCCAGAGGUCAGGGCCGGGCAGCGUGGUCUCACACGUGCAGCCCUAUCAGUCCUCCAUGAAAAAAGCAGUGCCCGGUCACGGCCAGACGGCAGCCGUCCCCGGUGCGUUCCAGAAGCCAGUGUCCGGGAACCCCACCCAGCCCAACCACAGGUCUCUCCGCCCUAAAAAGUACUACCGAUUCAUUCAUGGUAAACUUAUUCCUGAACUGCUAGAAGGUUCUAUGACCAAGGUGGUACCCUCCAAUCAGGUGCAGAGACAGGAAACCCAGUCCUCCCUGGGUGACCGCAGAUACCCCCCUGGUGAACUGCGGGUGGACAGGACACUCGCCGUCCACUCUGGUGACGCAGCACAUGGCCCAAGUGUCCCUAGACUGGCCCCCAAGGUUCGGAGGGUGUCUCUGGGCUAUGCGUCGUCACCAAGUGGCGUGUGGAAGCCCCUCCUUGAACAGGACUCCCACAGUUUCAUGAAUUUUGCCGCUAGACAUCACAGGCCAUCCCCCGCCCCCUCCAUCCCCCAGGGCCAGCUCUCCCGUCACGUCUUGGGUCUUAUAGCUGGCCUUCACAAGCCAUCCCUGAUCCCCACUGUACUCCAGGGCCCUGUGGACGCUGGCAUGGCCGGCGGCGUUCCCAGCGUGGCCGUCAGGCCCAUGGACCACACAGUGGCCCCCCAGAGCAUGUGGGAGCCGGCCAGGGGCCCUGUGCCGUGGGACACCGUGGGAAGCAUGGCGGCGGUGGAGCUCAGGCAGCAGGGAGAGCUGCUGGUGUCGGUGCAGACCAUGGAGAAGAUCAUCGUGCAGGCCACGGUGGUGAUCCAGGCCUACGCCCGCGGCUACCUGGUCCGCAGCACCAUCAGGGCGUGGCACCAAUGCGCCACCGUCAUCCAAGCCACUUGGCGCGGCUUCCACGUGCGGCGGAACCUGGCCCGGCUGUACAGAGCCACCACCAUCAUACAGGCCGCCUGGCGAGGCUACUGCACCCGCCGGGACUGUGCCCAGCAGAUGCUGCUCCCGGCCGUGUGGGUGGAGCUGGGCAGCAAGGUCAGGCCCACCCCCGAGCGCCGCUGCUUCCAGGGUAGCGAGGCCAGGCUGGGCUCCGACCACCGCUGCUUCCAGUCCUGCCAGCCUCACAUCUGCAGCCUCUGCCAGUCGCUGAGCCCCGGGCUGGGCAGCCCGCCCAGCGUGGUGAUGCUGGUGGGCUCCAGCCCCCGCACGUGCCACAUGUGCGGCCACAGCCUGCCCACGCGCGUGGUGCACGGCAUGGGCCAGAGCGUCUCCGGCCACGGGGCCGUGCUGUGGGCCUGCGCCUCCCAGAAGGCUCCCCAGAGCCCCUGCAAGUCGCCCGGCCAGAACAAGGCGGCCAUGGCCAUCCAGUCGGCCUGGAGGGGCUUCAAGACCCGCCGCCAGCUCCGGCAGCAGCAGACAGCGGCCAAGAUGGUUCAGUCCAACUGGAGAGGCCACUACACCCGGAGCUGCCUCACCACGGAUAUGCUCCUGGGGUCAGGAGCCCCUCGGGACUGCUCAAGGGACGCCUCACGACACAGCACCCGGCCCUCACGCUGGCCUGGCGUCUAGGACCCUGGCUAUCGUGCCAGCAGGGGGACUUCUGGGAAGGACCAUGUGGCUCUCUGGGUCUAAUGAAUAAAGUCCUCCACA